UGAUGAUGACAGAUCACGAAUGAGAACGACGACGACAUAUUUUUGACUGACAUAUUUUGCAGUGCUCGGCAAGAAUUUUCCAUCGAAGUUGUUUUCCGCAAUUUUUCCUACUUUUCUACAAUUUUCCACUCAAAAACAGUUCCAGAAUGAUGCAGUUUAUGCUGUUGUUUAGCCGGCAAGGUAAACUCCGCCUGCAGAAGUGGUACGUUGCCCACCCAGACAAGGUGAAGAAGAAGAUUACCCGGGAGCUGAUUACGACCAUUCUGUCUCGGAAGCCGAAGAUGUGCUCGUUUCUCGAGUGGAAAGACUGCAAGAUCGUUUAUAAGAGAUAUGCCAGUUUAUACUUCUGUUGUGCAAUUGAGCAAAAUGAUAAUGAACUGCUGACAUUGGAGAUCAUACACCGAUAUGUGGAACUGUUGGAUAAAUACUUUGGCAGU